GCCUCUCUCUACCUUUCAGGAUGGCGGACAUUAUCUCAACCGUUGAAUUUAAUUAUUCGGGGGAGUUACUAGCCACAGGAGACAAAGGGGGAAGAGUCGUCAUAUUUCAGCGAGAACAGGAGAGUAAAAACCGCCUGCUCUCAAGAGGGGAAUACAACGUGUACAGCACCUUUCAGAGUCACGAGCCCGAGUUUGAUUACUUGAAAAGUUUAGAAAUCGAGGAGAAGAUCAAUAAAAUCAGAUGGCUCCCGCAACAGAACGCUGCACACUUUCUCCUGUCUGCAAACGACAAAACCAUCAAACUAUGGAAGAUCAGCGAAAGGGACAAACGAGCAGAAGGAUACAACCUUAAAGAUGAAGACGGAAGACUGCGAGAUCAGUUUCGAAUCACAACACUACGGGUUAACAUUGUAGAUAUAAAACCAGCCAAUAUGGAGGAGCUGACGGAGGUGAUAACGGCGGCCGAGUGUCACCCCCACCAGUGUAACGUCUUUGUGUACAGCAGUAGUAAAGGAACCAUCCGCCUGUGUGACAUGAGGGCCGCCGCGCUCUGCGAUAGACAUAGUAAAUACGGAGAGUCUGAACUCUACAUGGGAGUGUUCCCUGACGCAGUGUCCUUUUCUCCUAAAACACGAUCAGACUCUCUCUCACUAAAAAGCCGUGGAAAGUUCUCUUAUUUCUGUUGGUUUCCUUUACCGUUUCCCCCCUCAGACAUUGUAGAUAUAAAACCAGCCAAUAUGGAGGAGCUGACGGAGGUGAUAACGGCGGCCGAGUGUCACCCCCACCAGUGUAACGUCUUUGUGUACAGCAGUAGUAAAGGAACCAUCCGCCUGUGUGACAUGAGGGCCGCCGCGCUCUGCGAUAGACAUAGUAAAUUUUUUGAGGAGCCAGAAGAUCCCAGCAGCCGGUCGUUCUUCUCAGAAAUCAUCUCCUCCAUAUCUGACGUCAAGUUCAGCCACAGCGGUCGAUACAUGAUGACCCGCGAUUACCUCUCCGUUAAGGUUUGGGACCUGAAUAUGGAGAACCGGCCCGUAGAGACCUACCAGGUACACGAGUACCUACGUAGCAAGUUGUGCUCACUCUAUGAGAAUGACUGCAUUUUCGACAAGUUUGAGUGCUGUUGGAACGGUUCAGACAGUGCCAUUAUGACGGGUUCCUACAACAACUUCUUCAGGAUGUUUGACAGGAACACGCGCAGGGACAUCACACUGGAGGCGUCGAGGGAGAACAGUAAACCCCGUGCCAUACUCAAACCCCGCAAGGUCUGCACAGGCGGCAAACGGAAGAAAGACGAAAUCAGCGUAGACAGCCUGGACUUCAACAAGAAGAUCCUACACACCGCCUGGCACCCGAAAGAGAACGUGAUAGCUGUGGCCGCCACCAACAACCUGUAUAUAUUCCAGGACAAAAUGAAUUAAAAAAAAGAGAGAGAGAGUGAUUUAAAAACCAAGAAGAAACAAAAAUCAAGAAAAAGAAACAUCCCCUCCUCCCCAUUUCCCCCUGUGCUCAAGGGACGCUCAAGAAAUCUCGUACUUUGCAAUGAUAAGCCUAGUCGUUAAAUCUGUAAGAGAAAUAUGGUGCUGUUGUUGACCCAACAAAGAAGUGAAGCACUUGUUUUUCACACCAGGAAGCUGAGACAUACCGUAUAUAUUGGGAGGGGGGAGAAACCCUCUUUGGGAGGGUGUCAAUAAUUCACGACGACCCCAAACCAAAAAAAAUUUAAAAUAAAUUAGAAGGCCGAUAUCAACUAACCCUCCAGCAACGGAACCCAUACCAAUCAGCAUUAAGAAGCUAGAUCUACUUUGCAAAAGUCGUACAUGUAUUCGUCUUUCGGCUGAGCCUUGCGUUUUUAUGAUUUGAUGACCAAAAGUACAGAAACGCACCAGGAUGAGUAACGUCUCGCUGUCAAUCGUAUGUACCCGCUGUUCGAAAUCCAGGCCUUCAUGAGCGUUUAUUUAAUGCCUGUUAACAUUCCUUCCCCUGGCCCGACUCUCAGGCCUUGAUGUUCUACCUUUUAAGCACUUAAAACAGGUCUCCAUUUUGGUCAGUGGACAGUUUGACAGUUUUCCAUUUCUCUCGGUUUUGUUUUUAUUUUAUACUUCUUUUUUUUUCUUUUUUUUUUCUUGUUUUCUCAUGCAUAAUAAUAUCUACUCACUGACUGUAUCUAUAUAUUACACCAUCUGGUGUCAAACCACUUAAUAAAAGUAACAUAACUACAAAGAGAAAGCGUUUUUACAUUAUGAGCAGGUAUGUAUGAUUUUUUACGUACUAUCUUGCAUGUAAUCUGCAUAUGUAGAUCUGGAGCGCCAGUGGUUAAAAUGUGAAAUCAUCCUGCUGAACCCGUAUCGGCUACAUUAUUGGGGAAUUUGACCCAAAAAAACAAAAAAGGGGCGAUUGAAAUUACUUUCGAUGAAAAGAAAGUGGCCUGAUUUUUUUUAUUUGAAUACAGCAUUUGCUUGUAUGUCGGACGAGUCUCAAAAAAAGACGGCAAACCAAAUGUAAUUCCCUCAUAAUGUUCUGGUUGGGAAGCAAAUCUCCAUAUUGAACUACUUGAAUUUGCAGUUGCACUGUUUGAUUGAGGACAUUGGCCAUGAAAAGCAUCAGUAUUGCCGUCUAUUUCGCUUUAGAGUUUUCAUUUUCAUAUUACGUUUUCUUUUUCGUUUUUACUUCGUAAAGGGAUUCUACCGCCUUAAGUCUGUCUGUAUGUCCUAUAAUAAUCCUCACCCGGUAACCUUGAGGACUAGAUGAUCUCGACAUCCCAUCGCCAUCACUCGGCUACCUUCUACAUGCAUUGUUUUUUAUUUUAGCACUUCAUUUGUCCAUUCAUGUGCUGCUACGGUUUGUGCGGCUUUGUAUUUGGACACUAAUAUACGAGAUGUUGUAUGGUCGGUGACGGCCGUCACAGAACACUCAAAUCGAAACCGAUGUGUUCAGUGCCUCUUGAGACAAAACUGGCUUUCCUCCAGUCAAUCGGACUGGAGGAAAGUUAACGGAUCACAUCCUGAUGUCGAGAUACUCCUUGUGCUCAAUUCCUUGCGCACAAAAGAAACGUAUGUCGCGUGGAAGUUGAUCUAAAUGGAUUUAUCUCGCAUCAGGAUGCGGUUUAAAGGAACCGGUGACAACAUACAGUUUGUGUGCUGCUGAAUUUUGACAUGCGGCUGCAAAACUGAUGUCAAAAUGACAAACGUAACUUAACGGUUGACGAGUACAAAGUUGUUGUUCUAGCUGAUUGUGACGCUCUUUAAAUCUGGGAACUGACAGGUCGGAUACGUACUCAGACCUUGUUCCUUGUUAAAUGAUGAUGAUGCUAACAUUGUGAAAGUGUACACUUGUUUGAUUAUUUUUGACCAAAGUUAAAUAAAAUUUUAAUUGUGUUUAUCUGAA